AUGUCUAGUUCACUUAGGAUCCAUCUUAGCCACAAAACCUCACUAACAGCAGAAGCCAUUGAUCGGUACUCUGCUUCAGCGGAGAAGCGUGAAACAACCGAUUGUUUCUUGGUUUUUCAAGAGAUUGGUGCCCCUCCAAGUAACGCAAGGUACUUGAAGAUGGAUGAUUUUCUGAAUCCGUUCAGUGACGCGUUUGCUUACACUAGCAGCUCAGGAGAGAACACAUCGAGUAACACAAAUGAAAAUGCACCAAACCCGAGUCCGAAGAAAACCAUUGCUGAUUCUUUGAGUGUUGAUAAUGCCUACGGCACCUACAACAAACUGCCCAAGCUAAUGGUCAUAGAGGAGUACAACAGAUGGGCUAAUAGAUUUGAAGAAUGGCUACUGGCAUUUGCGUAUCAAAGUUGGAAGAGUAUGAAAAGUGGUUUUAACAUCGGAAGAACUGAUUAUGAAAAUUUAACUGAUACUCCACAAGAGAAUUUCAUUGCAGAACAGAAAUGCAUCACUUUACUUCACCAAUCAGUGAGAGAUGAUAUUAUAUCGUUGAUUGAAUACAAAGAUUCCAGAGAUCUUUGGGAGAAAUUAAAGAUGAAAUGUGUGGGUGGUGCUGAAAUUGUUAAAAAUAAGAAAAAAUUGUUAAAAAAGGAAUUCGAUCUGUUUGGGUGUCUGAAAAACGAGUCUGUGUCAAAGAUGAUAGAAAGAUUUGGGCACUUAAAGUUGGAACUUGCAAGAUAUGAGAUUGUGUAUACUCGGGAAGAAUUGGUUGAUAAGCUGUUUGAUUCACUGCCUGAUGAGAAAGAUUGGCAGUAUUUUGCUUUAAUGCUGAAAAACAUAGUGAAGUCGACUGAUCUGACAGUUGAUUUACUAAUCGAAAGGUUGGAAAGUCAUGAAUUGGAGAUUAGAAAAACGAACAAAGUCAACAAUUCAUCGUAUCAGCAAAAUGUUGAUUUGUAUUAUCGAGGAAGUAUGAUCCCGAAAACUGUGUCCCCGAAGACUGCCUUCUCAGCAGAAAAUUCAAACAUGUCAAAUCAAGAAAGUCCAAGCAGUGGCUAUCAUGGAGGAUCAUCGUCAACUGCUUCAAGACAACAACAACAAUCAAUUCCGAAAAACAUGUUCCAAUGCAAUAUUGCAGUAGACCUAAAAAAUGCACAAAACUUCAGCGAAGAAUCCACCAAGCAGCAAAUGGUGUUUUUAGCAUCUGUUUUGGAAUCAUAUGAAAGCCUUGUUGCUGGAAAGAUCGGAAACACAAACCUCACCAAGGAAGAUUAUGAUCAAAUCGACCCUGAAGAGAUGGAGUUGAUAGAUAUAAGAUGGUGUAUGGCGAGUGCGCAAAAGGGGCAUUUUAAACGUGAAUGUCGAAAUGCAGUUGCUGAUGAAACGGCAAACCCGUUCUGUGAAGACUAUUAUAAAAGAGCCAUCUAUCAUCAAAACAAAUCUGAAUCUCCCAGAAUGAAACAGUUAGAAGAUGCUCCCAAAGAAAAGUCAAGAGCAUUAGCUGUUAUCCAUGAUGAUGAGGGAUACGAUUGGAGUGAUGUGUUACCGGAAAAAGAUGCAGUAGGUUAUGCGUUUAUGGCAAAAAUCGUUCCUUUCAAGGAUACCAGAUCAGAAGAAGUAAAACAUGUCAACAGAAAAAUGUUAGCUCAAACAAUGAAAGACAGACAUUUUCGUGCAUGGAAAGAGGCAAAAAGCGCGAAGAGAUGGGACGCUGACAGAGAAUGCUAUUUGGAUCCUAAGGGAAAUAUACUUGUGGAACCAUCAACACUUCUUGUUGAGACUCUGAUCGAGCAAAUAGCAGAAGAGGAAGAAGCAAAUCAAAGGUUGUGGUGGGGAAGUGAAGAAGAGAAAGAAAAAGAGCUACAGUCGAAAAAAAUCGAUGACGGGAUAAUCGACACGACGAAAGAGUUCACAGCAGAAAAUCUGAAGAAAAUGGCUGACAAAGUUCUUGCAGCGAAGGAGUUAGAGGUAGAGUCUAAGUCCAGAACUGAGUCAAAGAGCAAGGUCAGUUCUAAUGAUUCAAAAAAUGAGUUAGGUAAGACUGAUAAAGCCGAAAGUAAAAGUGACUGCAAAAAUUGCAUGAAAGACUACAAGGUUUGUAGCACAAUUGCUUACCUCAGUGGUAAAAAGACUGAAGAGCUGACAGAAAGAGUCAGAGAAGUUGAAAACCAGAUCUUAAGCCGUGACAAGUUGUUAAAAGCUUUAAAUGAUAGAAUAAAAGGAUUAACUGAUAAAAUUGAAAAAGAUAAAAUUGACGUAGAACGAAUCAGGAAAGAAAAUGAAAAGUUAGUUCAUGAAAACCGUCAACUUUCAGUAAAUUAUGAGAAGUUAAAAAGAACGACAAAAGAUUCUGAUGAAAGAAACGAUAAAACAGUCAAAGAAAAUUUUCAACUGACAGGAGUACUUCAGUCAAAAGAGAAGCAAAUCAACCAACAGUUGGAUGAGAUUGCUAAUCUGAAGCUUCAGUUCCAGGAAGCUAAGAUUGAGAAUGAACGCAUUAAUCUGAAACUCAACAGUUACAAUUCCGCAAGUUACACAAUGCCACCUCAGAAUCCCGGCGACUCAUGGCGUUUCAAUUACGAUACUCUGUGGGAUUCAUUCGACAUGGAGGAAGAACCAGAGUUCUUUGACGAGUUGGAUAUUCUAAGAGAGUAUGAGUCAUCACAAGAAAGCAAUGCUGGAGAACAUGAUGAUAUUCAACAAUCUUCAGAACGUGAUCAUGCUCCUGACAAUCAGACGGCAGUCAACGAGAAUCUAGAAUCUGAUAAUAGACCGAUAUUCGAUUGUGGUGAUUCAGAUUCUGAGGGGGAGCAAAUCCAGAUUUCAAAUCAAACAAUUCCAGUCAAUGAACAAGGUGCAAAUCAGAAUGUCACAAAUUUGGAAGGAGAGGUAGAUGUUCCAGACGAGGUGAUGCCGAGAACUCUUUCGUACCAUCCAAAGGAGUUGAUUAUUGGAGAGUUGCAAUCAGGCUGGAAAGCUGAUCUUCAGAUUCAUAGUUUGAGGCAGAUGCAGGAAGUUUCUAAGCUGGAAGAUGAGUUGGGAGCUUAUUAUGUUAAACCUGUGAAAUUGAAAAGUCAAAACAAGUUCAUUAAGUUGAAACUGGUCAUCCAAGGUCAUUAA